UCUCUCAAACAGUCAACAAACCAUCACAUCAAUAAUCUCAUCUUAAUAAUCGUAGCAAUGGCCAAGGCAGACAAGAAACCAGCAGAGAAGAAACCGGCGGCAGAAACCACCACCGCCGCAGCAGCAGCGGAGAAGAAGCCAAAGGCUGGAAAGAAGCUUCCGAAGGAUCCCUCUGCCGUCGCCGGAGACAAGAAGAAGAAGCGCUCCAAGAAGAGCGUCGAGACGUACAAGAUCUACAUCUUCAAGGUGCUGAAGCAGGUUCAUCCCGACGUCGGGAUCUCGAGCAAAGCCAUGGGGAUCAUGAACAGCUUCAUCAACGACAUCUUCGAGAAGCUUGCCGGUGAGUCUUCCAAGCUCGCGAGGUACAACAAAAAGCCGACGAUUACUUCCAGGGAGAUUCAGACGGCGGUGAGAUUAGUCUUGCCUGGAGAGUUGGCGAAACACGCCGUCUCGGAAGGGACCAAGGCGGUUACCAAGUUCACGAGUUCUUAGAUUUGGAAUUGUUUGUAAUGGCUUUUUAAGUUUUAACUAGUUGUUGGUAGUUUUAAGCUUUUGGGUAUCGUAAUCAGGUUAUGUAAUUUGGCGACUUUCUUUUGCUUGAAGAAACAAACAUAUAUGAAAGUUCUUAAUUUUCUAA